GCGCUGCCAGACUAAAAAAAUCCCCUCUUCUAUCCCCGCCCGCCCCGCGCCGCCGCGACCUGCUCCGCCCCGUGCCGCCGCGACGUGCUUCGCCCCGCGCUGCCAUGCUCCGCUGCGCCCCGGCCUGCCCCGCUCCGCUGCGCCUCGGCCUGCCCCGCUCCUCUGCACCCCGGCCCGCCUCCUCGUCGCGCCCCUUCUUUCCCCUGUACUGGAUCGGUGACAUUCGCGACGGGCGUGGUGGCCAUGGCCACGCCGGCCGGGGUGACGGCGUCGUGCCGACCGUGGUGACCGCAUCCGCGACGCCCUUAACUCUGCUGACUGGGUCGCCCUUUGGACGUGGAGACGGUGCCGCCCCCGCUGAUUGGACGAGCACCCGAUCUGCUCUGUUCUACGCAACUGCUUCUGUCCAAAAGCAUCCGAAGGAAGCAGUAGGUGGUGCACUAUCCAGUACAUGUGGACGUUGUUCAGUAUCUUCUCCAGCAGUUUGCUUGAAGAAAAUUUCCCUGCUCGUGGCAUCGAAGCAACAGAGAAGAAAGGCAUUGCUAAAUCAACUAAGGUACAAGUAUGAAGAUGCAUACUCAGAGAAGGUGAGAGCUACUGGUACAUCUUCAGCAGCCUUGAAGCGUCGUCGAGCUGAAGAAAUUGAAGAUGUGCGUCAAAAGGAGUCCGAGAAGACUCGAAAAGCAGAGGCUUAUGCCAACAAUGUCUUGUCAUGGGGUGUUGGGAUGUACGAGCACUGCAAUGUGAUACAAAAGUUUCUUCAGACUUUGGCAACUAAGCAAGGAGUGCCUAUUGGAGAAAUACCACUGCCGCCGGUUCCACCUCCUUUUCGUUCGCUUUCUCCUCCUGGAUCUCCACAACGAUCUACCAUCCAAAUUCUAGAAAAUAGCAAAGAAUCGCCAGCUUUGUGUGCUCAACAAGAAACAAAUCCGAGCUCUAUUAAUGAACAUGUUACUGCCGCAAGUGUUCCUGCUGUAGACGAUGAAGGGAUGUUUGGGGGAUUUUUCAGUUAGUCUGGAACCGGUGCACUAAGCCUAUCGCUAUUGAGCAGUCAGUUGGUUCCUUGAUGUUCUUGGAUGUACAGUGCAUGGAGUAACAUUUUGGUGCAUGUAUAGUUAACAUGCUAGUACUCCCUCCGUUCGGAAUUACUUGUCUUGGAAAUGGAUGUAUCUAGACGUAUUUUAGCUCUAGAUACAUCCAUUUCUGUGACAAGUAAUUCCGAAUGGAGGGAGUACAUGUUAUGUAAUGUAGGGAACUCUAGUUAACCUCCACCCCUGAGAUCACAAGCAAGGGCGAGGGGAUCCUCCUGAGAUCGGAAAAAGUCCAAAACAAACCUUGAAUUUGUAGGGGAAAGCUAAACCAAACCCCGAACUCUCAAUCCCUGAAAUCAGCACACCAAACUCUCUAAUCCCGGUCUAUUUUAAACCUUCA